UUCUUGUUGUAUUUAAAUCUAAGAAGUUUGGAACAUUUGAGUUUUAAAACUGACUGAAAGACUUCAUUUAGGUGAAUUAGAAACGAUUCAUAGUCCUUUUUAAAAAAAAAACAACAACCUAAAAUUAUGUAUAUACAUAGACUACACGAGGGGCGUGCUGGCUGAGGGAUAAGCGCUCGGCUUCAGAACCGAAGGGUCUUGGACUCUUAUAUCCGUGAAGACAUGGAUUUUGAAUUUCGGGAGUUUUCGGGCGCCCCUGAGUCCAACCAACUCAACCUGAAAUUAGUUGAAGAAAUUAAAGGUGUUUGCCGUUCUACUGACUAUGUGACAUCUGCUCAAUAGAUCUCAAGAUCUCAUUUACUUUCUAGUUUUGGAUUUAUUUGAAGAAAAAGCAACUAUUCUGAGAUUGUCUCCACAACAAUGACAUCUUUCUUAUCCCAGCUGACUCUGUCAGUCAUGCUUGUAAACCUCCUCCUCCUGACAGAUUGUCAAACAAAGUCUGGUAAACGAAGACAACGGCGGUCAACACGUAACGGUGCUGAGGGACCAAACAUGUGUAAAGUCCUGCAAGUCUACGGGAGGCAAGAUAAAUACUUCACUCAUUGUGUUGCUGACCAUCUGAAGAUGAUUUGUGAGCGACCAACAUAUGAGAGAUGGGACUGCUGUCCUGGAUUUGCCAAGAGAAGCAGAGAACUUGGUUGUACCAUUGAGAAGCCACUCGAUAAUAUCAUAGGCACAGCUCGCGAGCUGAAACUGAACAAGUUUAUUGCUCUAGCUGAGAAAGCACGUCUAACUACAGACCUGAUGCAGUAUGGACCCUACACGGCAUUUGUUCCUUCAGAUGAAGCAAUAGCUGACGCGGCUCCAGCUCUUGUGUCCUCCUUGAGUGAUACUAAAGGAGGAAGUCCCUUGAUACGCUACCACAUUGCUCCAGGUCGUCUGAACAUUUCUAACUUCAAAGAACGUGACCAAGAACUGGUCACUCUUCAUGAUGGCUCCAGGGUUAGGGUUAACAAGUAUGCGUAUGGUGUAGCAACAGUCAAUUGUGCCAGAAUUACCAGACCUGAUGAGCUCGCAACUAAUGGCAUUGUCCACGUUAUAGACAAGGUCAUAACUCCACUGGACGUUCAUGGGACUGUGGCCGAGAGACUCGCAGCUGAUGAGCGCUUCUCCCAGUUCAAUCUGGCCAUGUUAGUCUCGGAUAUGUCCAAGAAACUCAAGACUAAAAAGGGAAGCUUUACUGUCCUUGCGCCUACUGACCAGGCCUUUGCCAAGCUGCCUGUAGAUCUCCUGAACCGAAUUUUAACAGAUGCUGACACAGCAGAAAAAGUACUUCAAAGACACGUAGUCAGGGGCGUGUUCUGUGCAGAUGCCAUUGUCGUUUCUGUGGGACUUAAAACACUGGAUGAUACUCGUCUGCUCUUUCGAUGUAAGAGAGAUGGUCUCCUGGUAAAUGAGGCUAAGGUUUUAUACCCAGACAUAGUUGGAUCCAAUGGAGUUAUUCAUGGAAUAGACAAAGUACUUCUACCAGACGUGGUGAAAACAGCCGAAGAUCUGAUGAAAGAAAUGUCUCUCAAUGAUUUUCUCACUUUGGUGGACAUGGCUGGUCUGAACGAAACUCUACAGGGCAGUAACUACACUAUUUUUACGCCAACUGAUAAAGCUAUUAAAGAUCUACCUCGAGGGUAUCUUUCAGCUUUGCCCAAAGAAGAUUUGCAGACAUUAAUUAAAUAUCACAUGGUUCCGGGAAAAAUUACUAACGACAAUAUAGUUGGUGAACAUCAAUUAGACACCUUGUCACCUUUGGCGGUCAAAAUUAAGAUCAUGAUCUCCAGGAAGGGUGUUACUGUGGACAAGGCGACUGUGGACGAGGAAACGAGAGAAUGUCAAGACGCUAUCAUUCACAAAAUUGAUCAAGUAUUGGUACCAAAUCAGAAUUCUCUCGUGAACGAAAUAUCUAGAGACACAGAAUUAAGUGGAUUUUUGGACAUGCUGCAUCAAUCAGGAGUGACGGAAAUGCUACUGCCCAGUGGAUCCUAUACAGUUCUUGCACCAACAAAUAAAGCGUUCUCAAUGCUCGAUAAAAAACUGCUUCAGAAGAUCAUUGAAGAUCCCGUCAGAUUAAAAAAGUUCGUUGGCCGACAUAUCAUUUCUUCACUGAUACUAAAGUGUAACAUCCCUGAACACGGCAUCUACUCGACUCGAUCCAUGCAAACAGAUCCAACAGAUUUUGAGUUCCACCAGCGCUCCCGCCGCUUGCAUGUCAAUAAGCAUGCAGUGGCAGUCAGUAAUGAUAUCCUAACGUCCAACGGAGUCCUGUACAAGAUUGACCACGUCCUGCCAUGUACCUGUGAACCUUCACUCAGAACAAAUCAAGGAAUUUAUAUUUCAGACCAUAGAUAUCGAAGAAGGUUUUAAAGUUUGUUUUGUGCUCUGUGAAACAGAAGAGUGUGUUUAUGUUUUCAGUACAUCCUCACACACACACACACACACACACAAAUGGCAACGUUGUAUGAGAGCUUAUUGAAUGUAAUAUUUAUACUUCUUCUUGGUGCUUUGGUUUGUUUGUUGUUGGGGUUUUUUUUUGUCUUUUUACAUUAUAUAUAUAUAUAUAUAUAUACAUGAAUAGAAGAACUAUAUGGAUAUUUCAAAUGUAUGUAUAAUAAGUCAUAUUAAUUUGUAUUGGUAGAUUAUAUGUCUUAUUUUCUGAUUUGUCUGACCUUAUCUAAGUAUUGCAAGAAGUAAAUUAGAGUUUAAAGUUUGCACUACGGACAAGAAUGUCUAGUCAUUUCAAUUGUAGGAAUGUAACUCUCUCUAUUGUUGACAACUUUACAACUUUUAUGUAAGUAGGAACCAAAACAAAGUAAUUACUUUCAUUUCUGCUGUUCAUCUUUCUUUCCUGGAAAAUCUUUCUUUAACUGAGACUAAAUUAGUGCCAAAACGGCUACUUCAGAUCUUCUAGAAGUGUGCGUAAAAAACAAAAGUAUGACAUUCGUUUAAAUGAUUUUUUAAACAAAAUUAAAAGUGGCAAUUAGUUUGUUUUUCGCACACUGUUGUUUAUUUUCUACUUUUCUAUCGAGAUCAUAUUUCUCUAGGAUAUUUAUUUCUUAAGGAUUUUUUUUUCUUUAGGAUAUUUCAUUCUUUAGGGUAUUUAUUUCUUUUCAAUGAUAUUGAUUUUAUUAUUUUAUUUUGUUGUUUGUCUUUAUCAAUCUACAUUUCAAAUACUUGGUGUACUAUGUGGAGUCUCUGAAUUUUAAAAAAUCCUGACGUAGUUUUUAUGGACAUUUUAUUUCAUUGUACAUUUUGUCUCAGAUAAGUAUUAUCAUCUACUAUGUGACUUGUUCAACUUCAGACCUACUUUUUUAUGUUUAAAAUUUAUUGCAAAAAAAAAUAUAUUAAAAAAAUGUAACUUGAAAUAUUUCAAAAAAAAAAUUAUAUGUUAAUUAAGUUUGAACAACAUCGUAGAUAGAGUCUGCGCGAUCAGUUCUGUACAACUUGCAUGUACCGGGCUCUAAGUCUAGAAUCACAACUAUUUGAUCAUCAACACUAUCUCUGCAACAAAUCUACGUGGAAGUGGAAGCACUAUUAUAAAAAAAAAUACACGUUUCAUGUAUCCUGUGACGUUAGAUCUUGCGGUUAUUUUUCUAGAAUGCUGAUUCUCCUUGCACAUUUCAAAAAGGCCCUCUAUAUUUAAACUAAUACAAUAUGUCUAGAUAAUAGAGAUAUAUACUAAAAUUUAGAAAACAUUACUUGUAAAUAUGUCUUACUAUGAAGUGGAAAUACAACAACAAGAACACAGGGAGAUUUGAAUUGUUUCUAGUCUAUACAACUUUCUCUUUCUAACAAGUCUUCUAUUAUUAGCUUGCAAUCUGUGAGUGUGGGAAGCAGGACUCUGGAUGGGUAGAUACGCAGAUACGGAUUUCAUAAAACGGCUCGAAAGAUUUUCCCAGAAAUAUGACAUUUUGAAAUACGGAUUUCAUAAAAAGGCUCGAAAGAUUUUCCCAGAAAUAUGAAAUUUUGUAUGACCAUUACAAUUUGCAAAAUAGAAUCAUUUUAAAAUUCAAUUUAUUCUAUUUUGAACAUGUGUCAGAGGUCACUCCCGCACUUGACGCACAUUAUGUUUAUUGUUAACACGCAUUCAGCGGGUAUUUUCGCACUCGACUCAAUUGUUUCUUGGUAUUCAUUAAAGAGUUAAAUAAAUAGACAAAUAUGAAGAUUUUGCGCAUAAUUUUAUGUACAAAUCAUUAGCUAGAAAUCUGUCUGUGGCAUUUUACGCAUCGAUAGACAAUCUUUUCCCUUUGCAACUUCUUGUGUGACUAAGGAGGCCAAUCCUUGAUACACAGCUGCGGUUACAGGUUGGGCAUCUGUAAUCACCAGGCGUCGUCGUAUUUAGCUAGAAAUAGUUUGUGACACUAUAAUAUGUAUUUAAUACUUGUACAAUUUAUCAAUACACAAUAUUAAUACUAGAUCAAUAUCUGUAGCUAGAUUCAGAUUUCUAGUCUAGAUUAAAGUCUUAAGACUAAGACUAAGACUGCUUUAUUGAUCCUUACGGAAAUUUGUUGUGAUUACAAGGACUAUUUUCUCAUAUAAAGACAACACAAAAGAAAAAUACACAUAAAUACAACAGACACAACAUAAAGAGUUCAUUCAGCGACAACACACAGGUAUCUUGGUGCAUUUCAUGUUCCCUGAUCAAUGAGUGGCGGUGAUAGAGUCUGACCGAGUGAGGUACGAACGAGUUUUUGUACCGCUCCGUUCUUGUUUUGAUUGAUAGCAGUCGCCCACUUCGCGUCGACCUGACGUAGUUCUGAUGGAGCGGGUGGCCGUUGUCUUUUGUUCAAAAAGUUCCUUUAAAUGUGGUCAUGUUGUGAGUGUAAUUUUUGAUGCUUUACUAAUGAUAUUUCUAAACGUCGCAACAGUUUAGAUGAGGCGUUGCCUUGCCAACAAGUUAUUCCGUAUGUUAGUAGAAUUUGUAUAGUCGCACCGUAAAAAGUCUCAAGGAUCUUCUUGUUUAGUUUAAAGCUAUUGAGUUUGUAUAGAAAAAUAAGUCGCUGGGCUGUUUUCUUUGUCAGAGUUCCAAGGUGGUCUUCCCAUGAAAGCUUGUUGUUAAUUAUGACGCCUAGAUAUUUAUAUGCCUUCACUUGUUCUAUAGAACAUACUGUCUUAUAAUGUUUUCAAGUCUGGUUCCAUAUCAUACAAUAAUUUGCAGUUCACGUAUAGUUUGUUUUUUCUUUCUGAAAUCUAUUUUAAGUUCUUUAGUUUUUGUGACAUUCAGUUCUAGAAAGUUGUCGGUGCACCAGUUUGUAAACUCUUCUAUCGAGCUUCCAUACUGAGUUUCGUCUCCUUAAAUAAGACCGACUAUGGCAGUAUCAUCAGCGAAUUUAAUGAGUUUAACUGAGUCAUAGAUGCUUCUUAUGUCAUUAGUGUAAAGAGUGUACAGUACAGGAGAAAGUACACAACCUUGUGGAGCACCCGUACAUAGUACUCGAGUUGAGGAUUUGGUGUUGUUGACUUUAACAUACUGUCUUAUAAUGUUUUCAAGUCUGGUUCCAUAUCAUACAAUAAUUUUCUACAUUCUGAGAAGAUUUAUACAUAGGCGUAACCAGGAUUUUUUCGGGGGGAGGGGGGGUGCAGGGUAGGAAUUAGUUUGGGGUUAAAAAUUUUCCCUUUUUUUUUUUAAAUCAGUCAUUCAUUAGUUAUUGAGAGCGAAAUAGUCGCUUUUACAUAAAGUUAUCAGCCCCAUAAAUGAGGGAUUGGUUUUCAAAAAAACAAACACAAUUGUAUGUUCCUUGGUUCCCCUCGCAUAUCUGUAAGCACACGUUUGAUGUCACUAACAUUGCAAUGUUUCCCUUUGUGUAUUUUUUCAUUGUUAUUUCAGACAUUUCAUCGUGUAAUAAUAAAGUUAUUGAAAUAAAAAAGUCUUUUUCAUAAUACAA